GUGUCAAACAAAUAUGAGAACGAGAUGUGUAGACGUUCGUCUAUGCACGUAAAUUAGUAUUUUCCUAUGUACUUUCCAAUUUCGAAGUUUUAUUUAAAUUACACCUGUGUCUGAUGUAGCACGAAUAGGUUUUCAAAUGAACGUUGCAGUGCCGCGAGAGAUUUACUCUUUUAAUUGAUAAAAUGCGUUGUAAAAAUAUUGAACUUUCGAAAAUGUCAUUUAGGAAUUACUGUGUUGUGUUUAUAAUUUUCGCCCUCGCGAUUGUCCAAGCUGUUGGCUACGACACGGAACUGUACGAAACUGCCGCCUGCGACAGCAACGCUUGCUUCGAGGAGCUGCACGGAGCUCUCGGAGAUUGCUCCUGUAACGUAGACACGAUCGACUAUUUCAACAAUGUCAAAAUAUUUCCCAGGAUCCAGAGCGUAGUGGCGAAAGACUAUUUUCGCUUUUACAAGGUCAAUUUAAAAAAGGAAUGCCCGUUUUGGGCAGACGACAGCAGAUGCGCGAUGAAACAUUGCCACAUAAAAACUUGUGCUAAAGAAAGCGUGCCCGGUUUCGAGAAUGGCUAUGAAAACGAUUACGAGGAGAUGUCACCUGCUCUUAAAUACUCAGAACACGCUCAGUCACCCUGCAACUCCGAUACAGAUCACGAUCCAGCUUUGGGCUAUUUAAACAUGACUUUAAGUGCUGCAAGUCAGUAUGAAAUCGCUAAAUGGAAAGAAUAUGAUGACUCAAUAGGAAACUUCUGUGAAUGUGACGAUAAAGAUGCAGACGCAGAGUAUGUCGAUUUGUCCCUAAACCCUGAAAGAUACACAGGUUACAAAGGUCCUUCGGCUCACAGAAUAUGGAGAAGUAUCUAUCAAGAAAACUGUUUCCGUACUAAAACAAACCCAUAUGAAUCAUUCCCCUACGUGUUAAGCUCAGAUUUAAGUAACAUGUGCUUAGAAAAAAGGGUGUUCUACAGAGCUAUAUCAGGUCUACACACCAGUAUUAAUAUCCAUUUGUGUUCAAAGUAUUUGCUGUCUGAAAAGAAAUUAGGGUUUGCUGCCCCACCGGAAGGUGAAUGGGGACCAAAUUUGGAAGAGUUCCAACGCCGUUUUGAUCCAUCUCUAACAUAUGGUGAGGGUUCAAAUUGGUUGAAGAAUCUGUACUUUGUUUACUUGUUAGAAAUGCGAGCGCUAGCUAAGGCUGGUCCUUAUUUAGAACGUGAGGAUUACUUUACUGGCAAUCCUGUAGAAGAUGAGGAAACGAGAGAUGCCAUACGUAAUAUGUUGGGAGUGAUUUACAGUUUCCCUGAUCACUUUAACGAAUCGUCAAUGUUCACGGGUGGGCAUCAGGCUGCCAUGUUGAAACAGGAGUUCCGUGAUCACUUCUGGAAUAUAUCACGGAUAAUGGAUUGUGUUGGCUGUGAUAAAUGCAAGCUUUGGGGGAAGCUGCAGACUCAGGGGCUUGGAACUGCUCUAAAAAUUCUCUUCUCAGGACAAUGGGACAGUUUUGAAGGAGACUCGGAACAGGGCAAAUUGAUGUUGAGGCACAAAUCCCACAAAAGAUUGCAAAGGACAGAGAUUGUAGCAUUGUUUAAUGCUUUUGCCAGAUUGUCUAAUAGUAUACGAGAACUGGAGAACUUCAGAAUUAUGCUUAGCUCGCACACAGAAUCACCACAGAAGAGCAUAUUUGGUGGGAGUCAAGACGUAGACCCGAAGAAAGUGCGGUGUUCAUCUGCGGCUUCCAAAACAAAGAUUUGGAGUUAAUUCUCUUAGGGCCGAAUUCACCAACGUAAAAUAAGUCUUAUCCGAGAGUAAAUUUAAUAUUUUGGCAAGUUUUCAAUACAAAAAUUGUUAUUACGCCUAAUUUAUUCCUAGGUUAAACGUCACUCGACGUUGGUGAAAUGGACACUUAAAAGUAGUUCGGAAAGGACUUUUUUUAACUUAUACUGAGUGUUCUAUUUUGUAAGAAAACACCACAGAUUAUCGCAAUAACUAAUAUUUCACCUUUUGAGGUGAUUAUCACACUAAUAUUAUAAAGGCGUAUAAUAUAAGAUUUGGGUACCUUCAAGAGUAAAUAGGCAUAUUCUAGGCAAGCGAGUUCCAAUUAAGACCUAAUGACUAAUCACUGCUUUCUUUAAAGCAUGAUUGUCGUCAAGCGCAAGCCUAUAUCCUGCAAUAAAAGGAAAUCAAUUUUAUUUUUAUUACUCAACUCGAUUUCAAGUACUAGUAAAAAAAUGUAAGUCUAUUUAAAGUCUUUUUUCAUAUUAUGCAUUUACUAUUAUUUUAAUGAUUUUGUUUUCUUACAAAAUAGAGUCACGAUGUCUUAAUUUUAGACCUCUUGAUGUUAAGAAUUUGACAUAAUUCUUUUCAAUCCAAUUUGUGUAAAGUGAUAUAGGUAGGUAGUUAUUUAUUUAUUUCUUGAAUUUUUAAGGUUUUUAUUUUUCCUUUACAAAUUGGAUUAAAACUGAAAAUAUCUAAGAUUUUCUAAAAAUGUAAACAAAUAAGCUCUUCGAAUUUUUAUUGAUUCACUUUCGAGCAUAAUCUUUUUUGUAACAUUUUUUCACGAAGAAUCCAACAGAAUUUAGUAUUAUUUUAGUCACAAAUGUUUGUUCAUAAUGAUCAUGAAGCGGUGUUAAUGCUCAUUGCAUAAUAUUAUAUUAUUCUUCAUAUGUUUUUUUUAACUUUUGAGAUUAAAUCAUGACAUAUAGGUACUUAUACGUACCUCUACGAUUCUUCAAUCAUGUGUGCAUAAUACUUAAUAAUAUACAAAGUAUAUCUACCUGUAUAACUCAAAAUAAUGAUAUGGUAAAUACUUAGAUAGAACAUCACAAAAAUUUUAAAAAUUGCCCAGUGAUUUUUGCGUUAUAAACAGAUUAUAUGUAAAUGUAAUUUUUACUUUACUUUUUCGAUGUUGAGUUGUGAGAAUUGUAAUUUUAUCUAUCUACUGAAAUUACCUUGCUAUCUAUAUAUGUUAUCAGAAUAAUAUACGCCCUCUUUUACAAAAAAUGCUAAUAGGUACUUAAAAUUAUGUGAGUACAUAUUGUUUGUUACCUAUGUUUUCUAUCCGAUUUUAACUUAUAUGAACCUUCUUAUACAAUGGUUGUAUUCAAUUCUGCCCAAUGAAGGUAGACAAAAAAUUAAGUAUGAAAAUUCAGUUUUUAUGUUCUGUGUACCUAUGGUUUACGAUUUUUAUUUGACCUACUUAUUUAGAAUAAUAAAUAAUAAUUUAUUAUUGUUUAGAUGUAAAAAUUAAGCUUAAAUAUCAAUAUUAUUUGUACUAGUAAUUGUAGCUUUUCUAUAGGUAAAUUAUUAUCUUGUGGGAAACAUCAAGUAAUUUAUUAUAAAUCACUUAUUUUUUUAAUCUGUCUGGAUAUUGGGUUUUCAAAAAAAAAAAUACUUCUUUCUAGUCAUGUAAGUACAAUAAUUUGAAUACCACAAAUGAACAUUGAAAUGCAUUAAUUUUAAAACUACGUGUUUUAAUAUUAUUGAAACUCUAUAGUUUUUACUAUCCCACGCUUUUAUUGGUUUUUCCAGAUUUUUAUUUAAAAAAAAAGGCGUAAAUUCAAUAUAGGUACUUACAUAAAAUAUAGGUGUAUUACCUGUUUCCUAAAAAACAUACAAUAUUAGAAGAACCAGUAUUAUCAGUUAUGUAUUUUAAUAAGUAGUUCUGUUUCACAAAUUGUACCUGGCGUUCCUAUCUUGUUCUUUUUUUUUGUUCUAUAUUAUGCUAGAAGAUUCCGUAAUUUAUUCUUAAUUUCUUUUAAAAACGACCUGUCAAAAGUUUUAUUUAAAAUUUUGAUUUAACUUGUAAUUAUUUACAAAAUAUAUUUAGAUUAUUUAAAAUAGAUGUUAUUUUGGUCAUAGGUACAUUACAUUACUUUAAUCAUAAUAAGUACCUAAUAAUUUUUGUGAGAUUUUACGAGUUUAGAAAUGAAAAUAAUUAAGAUAAGUUUUAAGUAAUUACUUAAAUGAAAUUAAAAUAUCUGUCACAAAAAUACUCUUUCAAAUUAUGGGAUUAUUAUUCGGUUUCGUACUUUAAUUGGUUAAUUUUUAUUAGCGCACUUGAAUUAUUAACUUUAUUUACCUACUUAUUUUUAAUUUUUUACAUGUCUUUUGUUAAAUGUUUUUAUUUGUAUAUAUUUGAAUGAAGUUAAGAAGUAAAAGUUUUAUAAAUAAAUUUUAUUUAAAUAAAAUUACUGUCAUGUUAACAUUUAAUUACUUAAUAAAAAUUUACACACUGAUUAUUUAUUAUAGAAGACUUUACUAUGCUUAUUACAUUUUAAUGCAUGUGUCUAAAAUUCUGAACAUCACUUAAUUUACUUUUAAAUAAAUAAAUUAAAAAUAUUUUAACGUUUAUACAAGUGUACGCAGUGUGUAAAUUUUUUAGUAAGUCUCUAGUAUAAUAAUUUUAUAAGAGUGACUGUGAUUUUUUGAGGUCUACCAUCAUGACAAGAUCCAUGUUUUUAAUUUUAAUAAAAAUAAAAGUUGUGUGUA